CAAUGAAUAGUUGAACUUGGCGCGCGCGCCCGCUUAUAUCUCUGAGUGAAUUUGGGAAAUAAAUAAAGUUAAGUUGUAGUAAAGCAAAAUUUUAUUUUUUUUGUUGUUUUAAAUUUAAUUAUUAAAAAAGACUUUUUUGCUACAGUUAAAUCGUAAAAGUGCGUAGUGGUGAACUGUUAGUUUUUUAAUAUUGUUGGAUGGAUUUAAGGCUGCAUUGGGGUGACAAAACUAAAUUUGUGGAAUACUAGUUCUGGACAGUCACCAAACUUUCUUGAUAUCAAAAAGUUAAAUAGGAUCCAAUCAGAAAAUGAAUAAAUGUUUAUUUUCACUAGUUUCUUGUAUUUGGAUCAUGAGGGUAACAGGUUCCGCCCUUCACGAACAUUGUGAAACGGAUGAUGACUGUGGUACAAUUGAUACAGUGUGUGAGAAAAACAUCUGUGUUUGCAGAGAAAACUUUGCUGUGUGGUUUGAUUCAUGUCUACAAUUACCUCAACCAAGGAUCGCCUGUACCAAAAAACAUGAUUGUCAGAAGACUUUAGGAGUAAGAAGCACCUGUACCAAAAAGAGUCAAUGUGCCUGCAAACCUUUUCAUCAUUUACAUAAUAACCAGUGUAUAAAAAAUAGAGAUCUACAUGAAUCCUGCGAUAAUGACAGUCAGUGCUACUGUGGAGCAGAUUGUCAAGAGAAGAUUGCCUGCAUUCACAAAAACUGUUCAUGCAAGGCUGGCCACAGCUCUUAUAAAAGCCGAAGAUGUAUCUCGGAUGAUUCUUCAGUUCUUUUGACUUUAACCGCGGCACAAGCACAACAAUCGACACAAAACGAGCCAGUGCCAAAGGAGGAGCAAGAGAAUUUAUUUGAAAUAAAAGGAAAUGAAACCUCAUCUUUUAAGGCAGGUGCAGUGACUUCUUCCUCGCCAAGAUUAACUAUAUUUUUACCAAUAUUUGUCACGCAUUUGAUAAAUGUAUAUUUGUAUUUUAAAACCUAACCAGUUAGAUUACACCAUUUAAACCUAAUUAAUUAGUCAAAAAACGAUUAACACCUUUUAUUUAAACGGUUGUGUGAACUAUAUCGUUACAACGCCAACGUUUCAGCACAACCAUAUGUGAAAUCCGGAAAUUAAUAAUAAACAAUAAAACAGUAAUCAUGUAAAGCCUGCAUGUAUGUUUAUGGAUAAUUUCCGGAUCCACCACAUGGAUUAAUUAAGAGUUUUACCGAUUCAAAAGUUACUAGAGAUAUUACAAAUAGGUGCCGAAAUGUUGCAUUUUAAUGAAAGUAUUGUGUGAUAACAAUAUAAAGAUAGAAUGUGUCCAGGAGUAAGAGACUAAUUAUGAUUUGGUUUUUAUCUAGGAUUAAUAUGAUGAGAAAAAAUGUUUUGGAUGUACAUUUUAAAUUUUUUAAGUAUUUAAGUAAACUUGAAUGCAUUUUAAUGACCAAUAAAUCUGGUGAGCAGACUGAAUAGUGAUAUGCAAAAUUAGUGUCUAUUUUUAAACAGUGGAUAGGGAGAUUACUGUACAUUAUAAUAAAUGGUAUUUUUGAUUAAGCAUGUUAAGUGACCAUCCUAUUUUUAGAAUAUGUAGUUUUUAGUUUGAUCAUAAUCUGUAAUUUUUAAGAUAAAAUAAAACAAAACCAUUUCUACCAUAAAAUUAACUAUUUGAUCUAUUAUUAAAUAAGUGUUACUAUAUGA